AUGACCUCCGCGUCGACUUUCUUCGGCGUACCGACGCCAAUUCUGCCGACUUCUUUACUCGACUCAGCGCUCAUGAUCGCGGACCCGGCCCGUCGUACCCUCUGGUACAUGUGUGUCAUCAUCUCCCUGUCCUCGCUCAACUACCCAGAUGUAAUCCCCCAAGUCAUGUCACACUUCACGGAACACCACCUUUCAUCAAACUCUCCAAUCUACACCGACGACGACGCGCGGUCAACCGCCGUGAGGCAGAUCCGAGAAGGCCUGAUCAAAUCCACCGGCAUUGUCGGCGCCGCAAGGACAGGAGUGGCGAUGCGCACGUUGGGCAACUGCAUUCCGGAGGAGUAUCGCGAGAAGGGUGAUGAGGCGAUGCAUUCGCCACGGAAGGAGGAGAGCGUCGAGGAGGCGAGACGGCGAGGCAAGGAGUUUUGGCUCAACAUCUAUGCGAGGAACCCGGCUUUUGAUCAGAAUGCUACGGUGCGGGCGAGUGCGGAUUAUGCUUUCAUCAUACGAGGUCGAUCUCCUUUACGCGCAUGUGUUUUCCUUUCCUGGCCUUCUGAGCCUCUGGAGACUGGGUACGCGAUCGUUGCUGCACUUUAUGGCAUGGACGCACAGACCCAGCUGCAGCAUCAUAUGAAGGGAAUGCUGUUCAAUGGGGCGACGCAUGAAGACUUGUUGGAGCUGCAGCAGUUGUGCUUGGGCAUCGCCAAGGAACUGGGAGUGGUAUUCAGGUUUCCAAACGCUCCUAUUCCGAAUGUUGAUGGGCUGUAG